UUUGUUCAUGGCUGAAAUUUGGAUGAGCAUAGGUAGAUGCAUAGGUCUGAGUACUUGUAUGUUGCUUAUUGUUGGAGUAAUUUUGAUAGUAUAGGUGGAUAAAACAAAGGUGAAGGCACCAAAAGCAGUAUGGGAUGCAUAUGCAACCAAAAUAUUUUGCCAGAUAUGUGAGGAAGAAACUCUAGCUGGGAAUAGGCCAGGGACUACCAUGAGUUCGAUUGGGUACAAGAACCUUGAGGAAAUUUUUUUUGCUAUCACCAAACGACACUACCCACAUGGAAAAUUGAAGAACAAAUGGGAUGCUUUGAAGCCACAGUACAAAUUGUGGUUGGAUUUGAAGAGGGCUGCAACCGGUCUUGGUUUCGAUGUUACAAAGGGGAUAAUUACAGCAAGUGAUGAAUGGUGGGAGGACAAGAUAGCGCAAAACAAGAAAUAUGCAGCCUUUCGUGAAGCACCUAUGGACAACCUAGAUGAGCUUGAAGUUAUGUUUCAACACAUCAAUGUCACAGGUUUAUCUUCGGUCAUUCCGGGAGUUCAAAAAACUACAGCUCCCAUUGAUGUUGGUGAUUAUAGUAAUGAGAAUGAAGAGAACAGAUACAUUUCACAUGAUGCAAAAAAAAAAGGAAAACGCAAAGCUAGAGAUGUUGACCAUACUUUUAGUCCAAAGAAGAAGGGUAGGAAUCCUAUGGUUAAGCAAGUGUCACGACUUAUCGAUGUGUUGGCUACUAGUAAGAGCAAAAAUGAACAAAAGGUUGAAGAUGACAUCAUAGAGCUCAUGGAUCAAGCUGUCAAUGCAGGGGCUAGUGAAGGGAGUGAAGAACAUUUUAUGGCCACCCAACUCUUUGUGAAGCGUGAAAACCGUGCAGUGUUUCGUUCCAUCAAAACAAAUGAAGGAAAGGUGGCUUGGCUGAAGAUGUAUGAAGAGAGGAAAAAUAAAUAG